CCAUUUCAGGACUCCUAUCCAGGAAGGGACAUUAAAGUCACUAGUCAGAGCCCGUAUGGCUUCCCUCUUGAAGCCCCCUCCCCAAAUCCUUGCAAGCUGAGAAGCGGGUGCACGAAUCUGCAGGGCAGGGCAGAGGCAAACAGGCAGUGGUGAACCAUGCGUACCAACCAGAUUAUGAAAUACACUCUCUUUACCUCCUGCUACCUCUUCUGGGUAGCUGGUGGACUCAUGGUGGCUGUUGGAAUUUAUGCCAGGCUCUCCAAGGAAGCAGGUGCUGUGGACUCCUUGUUGGCUGAUCCCUCCAUAAUUCUUUUAGCAGUGGGCACCCUGAUUUUCUGCAUCACCUUUGUGGGCUGCUUGGGAGCCUUACGGGACCUCACACUGUUGUUGAAAGUGUUUGCCUGGAUCUUGCUCAUCAUUUUCAUUCUGCAAGUUGUGGCUGCAGUUUUAGGCUUCAUCUUCUCUGGCAUGGUGAUGGAAAAAGCCACAUUUUUGAUGGGCCAGGCCAUCUCCCGCUAUCGUGACAACCUUGAUUUGCAGAACCUUAUUGACUACAUCCAGAAGAAGUUCAAGUGCUGUGGGGUUCACUCAUACAAGGACUGGUCCCAGAAUAUUUAUUUUGACUGUCGAGACUCCAAUCCCAGCCUGGAGCGUUGUGCAGUGCCCUUCUCUUGCUGUCUGCAAGAUAAAGAGGUUAUGCUAAACACCAUGUGUGGCUAUGGGACACAGAGUCUUAAAGGGUGGCAAGCAGAGAACGUGGUGUACACAGAGGGCUGCCUAGAGAAGAUUGUCCAUUGGGGACGGAGCAAUCUCUUGCUGAUGGCUGGGCUGGCAUUUGGAUUGCUGGUCUUGGAGGUUGUUGUCUUUCUUCUGGCAGUGAUGCUCAUUUACCAGAUUGAUUUCAUCAUCCAGAAGCGCAGAAGCACCAAGAGGAGGAGGAGGCAGAGUUACCCUGAGAAGUGAGAAAUGAGGCAGCACGGGAUGGAAAUUGGCUAUGAAUCAGCUUUCCUGAACCUAAUAGCCUUUGGAUGCAUGAAACUGGAUACUGAAAACGGCCAGGAUUCCCAUGUUACCUCAGAAAUCCAGUGGUGGAUUCCAACCGGUGUUACUAUCAGUUCUCUUUGUGCAUGUGCUCUGCGCACGAUCGCCACUCACAUGCUCACUUCGCUCGCAAGCGCGUUAGGUUUCUGGCCAGCUGAGGUAUGGCAAUCCACUCUGCUGCGCCUAUCAGCUGGGCUAAAAACCAAAAAAUAAAGGUAGGAAUAAAGCACGGGUGGGCGGGAGGGCCCAGCUCCCAGUCACAGAGAACCGGUUCGGUAAUGUCACAUCAUCACCGCUACCGGUUCAGUCGAACCGGGCCGAACCAGGAUCAACCCACCACUGUUACAGUCCCAAUAAACCAGAAGGCCACCUGGUUGGAAAAGUCUGCUAUAAAUAUGCAAUUUUCAUGCAUCCAUUGCAGGAAAAUGCCUUUUUUGUCAUCCCAGUCUGGGUUUAAAAUAUUUCUCAUUUUUAUAUCAUGGUUUAUAUGGAUUGAAGAAACAAGCAGCCUGGUCAUGGAGGUUCAAUCAGAGUGACUGACUCCGAAGGGAACCAUAUUCCAGGUGCUCUCCUGGUAGGCAGAUGGACACACAUUGUCUUCCAACAUCCAACAAACACAGAUUAUGAGGAAAAUACUGUGAAACGGGGUUGAGGGUCAGCCAUUCUAGGGGGACCAAAUUAAGAAACCAAUGCCAUAUAGUCAAGACUAUUCUUAUUGCAAGGAUAUACAGAUAGUCACAUCUUAUGUCCUAUUGUAAAGGAACCAUUCAAAGUUACAACAGACGCCUCAAAAGCUACUUAUGUCCUGGAUCCAGAUGUCUGAGGGCUGAACAGUCACAUGACCACAUUUUGGGUGCUUGUUAAUUAGCUGACCUUUAUGGGCAGCUGCAGCAUUCCACAGUCAUGUGACCAUGAUUUAAAACUGUUUUUACUGAUUUCUGGCUUUUGGGGCCAGUUUCCAGCAAAAAUGCCUUUAGGAAUACAUUGAUUCACUUAACAACUGCGCAUUCACUUAAUGACCACUACAAAAAAAAAAGCCGUAAAGUCAGAUCCAGUCACACGAAUGCCUUGACUUACAAUCGUGCUGAGUUGUAACAGAAAUUCCAGGCUCUCUUACAGUCAUAAAUUGAGGAUUACCUGUAAUAAUAGAAUCUUGCAAGUCUAAAUUUGCUUCCUCUUCCCUCAUUUUAAUUUUACUAGAGAGGGGUUUCCCUGAGACAUUUUCUCAAGUUAUUUUCUUGGUCUAGGCUCAAACCCCACUUACCUGACCAUUAACAGAAUAACAGAAUGGCAGAGUUGGACAAGGUCUUUUAGUCCAACCCUCCCUGCUUAGGGAGGAAACCUUAUAUCAUUUCAGACAAAUCGUUAUCGGAUCUCUUCUUACUUGGUAGCGGUUCUUCCUCAAGGCCAUUCCUUCCAUUCUUUACAGAUGGGGAAAAGUGAAAAAAAUAAGCCUUAUCCACUCCACCUAUAAAAAAUAGAGCCCAAUGCUGUACUGUAAUUCUUUAUGAAAUACAAUAAAAACUUUCAAAAACAA